AUAUCUAUCGCAUGGGUUCCAAUUAGGAAGGCAGGGGUUUUAGCUCCGCCUCCGCUCGUCGCCAUGACCAUCCCAAUCCCCACUCCCGUCGUCUACCCCGAGAUGGCCGGCUCUGCCUCCUCCCCGUACGUCGCGCCCCUCAUCUCCUCCCGGAUCACCGGUCGCCUCCGCCCCGCCUCGGCGCGGACGGAUCCCCUCGGCCUAGCCGCCGCCGCCGCCGCUGUCAGAGUCCGUUCCUGGAGGCGCUUCGCGGGUGCCCGCUGCGAAGUCGCGCUCCUCCCGGCCCGGAGGAUCAGCGCGCAGCCCCGUCGCCGGAACGCCCUGCGCGAGAAGGCAUCGCCGCCGCUGCCAGCCGAUCCGCAGGUACUAGAAGAAUCUGGUUCUUUGGAUGUGCAGCGGCUGCCGGAUCUUGAUCGCGAGCCGGGAAUUUCUGGUGGUCUGGAUGCCGUUACAAGUGGAAAUAUUGUUUCGAAAUGGAACUUGGAAGGUGGGAGUGAUGUGGUUGGACUUGGAGUUGCACAGACUGGUCCUGGAAUCGUUGGCAGGGGUGGCAAUACAGAGGUACAAGGGCGCGGUGGCAAUGUGGAGGAGGUUAUGAUCUCUCGUGCAGGAGCAAUGGCUAAUCAAUUUGGAAGUGGUGAAUGUGAGGUUCCAACGCUUAGCUCAUCAUUUCCGUUUCUCACAGUUGAGGCGAAGGAACCGCUGGUUGUAGAUGCUCAGUUUUUGGCUGUGCAAAUAGACAAGCCUCGUUUGAGGAGCAUUGCAUGGAGCGGUUUUGCUGCGCUGUGUGCUGCUUGUGUUUUGCUUGCGGUGUCCAAGUUGAUUUGGGGAAAUGGUAAGAAAUACCUGUCAAGGAACAUGUUUGACAUUCUUAGGCCUCGGAUGAACAAGGGUGAAUCGGGCAAAGGUGGAAUCAAGGUUCUCAAGAAUGUAAAAUGUCCAGAAGAUUUAUUGGGAAGACCACAAUUAGACAGGCACAAAUUGAUGAAUAACAUCAAAAGAGCCAAGCAAUCUAGAGAAUUGUUUGACCUCAGUAGUGUAUUUGGUUACUGUAGUGUUGCUACUUGUUAUGAUGUAAUUAUAACAGAGACCAGAAGAAUGGUAACAAAUGUUCACACGUUACUUGAAGGAAUCCUUGAACAAAGCAAAACAAAGAGCAAACAUUCUGUGUUGUUUCCACACCCUGCUGCUACCAAUGGCCAAGAGGUUUCUGCAAGUCAUGGUCAGUGUUCUGUAUAUCUCAAUGAUGUCUUAGGCUGUGCUGAAUUACCUGAUAUCAGUAUAUCCAAUAAUAUUAUUGGGGAAACUGUGGAGUCGUCUGUGGAUUUCAAAAGCAGUGCACAAGUCAUGGACAAUAGUGUAAAAAAUCAGAAUAAUGUUGGAGAUAUUGAACCACCUGUGGACACACCUACUAAUGAUAUGCCGACUGAUGCAAAGGAUAGUAUACCCAUGGUGCACGUGGUUGAAAUAGAAGAACAGAUUGGUUCUCCAGAUGAAUGUAUUGACGGUCUUAAUAGUAUCAGCAUCCCAUCAUCUGAAUUUGAAGGACAAAAACAAUUUCCAGACAUAAGUGUGAAGAAUGUGGAUGGCAUUUUUGGAAUAAAAUCAUCACAGAUCAGUAGUGAUACAGAUGUGAUUGGUACAAAUGAUAAUUCACACAAGUUUAGCAUUAAUGUUGCCUCAAAAACAACUGGUGAUUUGUCAUCUGGCUGUUCCAACAGCAUACCAUCUGAAUCAGAAAGUAAGGAAAUACCCGUGGAUAUUAAUCGGAAUGAUCUCAAUUACUUUCAAGAAAUUGAAGCACAAAGUACCUUUGCAAAUUAUGAUGCUCAGACAGUUCAGUACGAAGAAAUUUCUCAUAGAGUAAGCAUGAUAACUAAAGAAGCUUGUAUAAAUCCAGCAAUGGCUGAUAUUUUGAUUACAAAAUCACCUCAGAGAAUCGGUGAGGAGCCUGUGGAUCUGAUGAGAGGUAAUGCACAAUCCAUGCAAGAACUAGAACCAUCCAGCUCUAUUAGGGAUCACAAACAGAUAGUUCUUGCAAAUCAGAAAAACAACAUAAUAAGUAGAAGUCACAAUGAAACACAGGCUAGUUCAGAAAUAGACAGUAUUGGGACAAAUGAUAAUGCUAGCACAUCUUCAGUUUAUGACCUGCCGGAAGAAUCAAUACACCAAAGUGCAAAAAAUUCAACAGAGAACACAUCUUAUAACGAAGAGCCUGAAGAAUCUAUUAUUAAAAGGAAAAUCAAAUUACAUCAAGAAAUGUGCAACGAUAAGGAUGCUCAAACAAAGCACAAAGUAGAAGGUGUAUCUGAAAUUGGCCCUGAGUUUGGUCCAUCAAAUGAUGUAUGUAAAACUGAAACAGUGGCAAAGAAACGGUCAAAGAAAACGCCAUGUGAUAAGGGACUUAAAGUGCCAGAACAGGAUAUAGUUCAAUGUAACAGCAUGGCUGAUAAGAAAAGCAGUAGCAAGAAUGUCAAAAGGACAAGGAAAAAUCUGAAAAGUGCACUUCGCAACCAAGGAACUCAAACAACACAAGAAAUUUCUGAAACAGCACUCGUGGUAAAUUCGCCUGAUGAUGCACCCAGAGCUGAAAACAUAAGACCUUUUGGUGGGUCAGGUUCAUCGACAGAAACACAAUCUCCAAUGUUUUCAGAUACAUUCAGUGAAGCUCGGCCUAAUGGCUUCAGUAUUAGUACGAUGAGGAAGGAAAAAUCAAAACACAAUUUCCAACCUCUGGAAAGUGUAGAGGCAGCAGCAGUAAAAUUUAAAACCAAUAGGCAUGGUGACAAUAUCAUGAACGAGAGAGCAAUUGAUUUCGACAUAUCAAAUUUGGGUGUAACCACCACCAAGAAAAUGACAAAGAGAAGGUCAUUGUCAAAGCGUAAAAAGCCUGCUAAUGGACUCGGAGGAGCCACUGACGUGCCACCAGAUGUAUAAAUUGUUCCGUUUAUUGUCCUUCUUGUAUAGGGCUUUUCGGCAGAGUGGCAGCACCUAGUUAAUGUGCAACAAAUUGCUUGAUGAGCGAUUGUGUCAAUAUUGCACAUGAAGCCAUCAGCUAAAGAGGAUAAAUCAUCUCAACAAUCUGAGCAAUAAUUUCAUGUUUCUUGUUGCAAGAAAAACUUGGUAAUGUAUUGCCUGACUGGAUCUCUUUUUUAGUCCAACUGGAUUAUGUUCAGUUUUCACAUUAAUUCAUAACUCCUAUUCUGUUUGAACUGGAGCUCCAUUGUGAAA